AUGAUUCCAAUUACUCUUUGCGGAAAUGAAGAACCUGGAAGAAUGGGACCGGGCAAGAUCGCCGUCAUGGAUUCAUUGCUGGAUCCGAUGCCUCUUCGUCCUGACCGCCUUCCGUCGCCUGCGUUUAUGCCUCGAGAUGAUGACUACGCCGAACUUUUGCGCAGCAACGAUUUUGAUAUCCGACUUCAGACACUCAAUCGGUUGGGCGGACUUUCCCGACGGGAUCCUGACUGGUUCACUCAUUGUGCUCGAAAAGGAGAACUGUUCAAGAAUAUCGAUAGGAUUUUGAUGGAUGAUCGUUGGGAAGUACAACAUCAAUGUAUCAAAUUCCUCUAUGAAGCGAUGCCUACUUUCGGAUCGAAUCUUGAGUACUGCGUCUGCUAUCUGAUGCCUAAUCUACUUCCAAAACUUGGAAGUUCCAAGAUUACUGUCCGGAAGGUCUCUAUACAGGCGCUCCAAGCCUUUCUCCGGUUGCAACCAGAAGCUCUCGGUUCCAUGCUGAAAACCUUGUCGAACUUUCUGCUCACAUCUUCUGAUCGGACUACGAAAGCUGAUGUUGUACGGGAAUUCCCAGCUAUGUUUCUCCCAGAGUUAAUAAACAGCGACUGGUCAAAUCUGCUCGAUUCUCUUACAAAACUGAUGGGAACGACAGACGCGGAAACAGCUGAGAAUGCUGCCAUCACUGCCAAAAAACUAGAAGUCUACCUCGGAAAAAAUGCAUUCGAACGAAUUUUACUAUCACUACCGUCUCUUCAACAAAAAGACUAUGCCCGUUUCAGUAAGAAUGUUGUAACACCAGAAGGUCCUGCAACGAGAGCCCCUCCACAAGCAGUCACUCGGAAUACCUUCAAAUUGGCGUCUGGAGAACGACGUUUCCGCUUUGGUAUUGUACCAUCUGUCAUCGCCGCUAUGGUCAUCGACAACACCGAUGCAGUGACCAGAAUCUCAGGGCUGGAAAAGUGGAAACUACUGAUAGAGAACAUCACAAGCGAAGAGAUUUCCCGUCUCGUUCCACAUCUUCAUUCGUACCUCAUGUCUCUGGGGAAUGUACUUACUGAACUCAAUUUCAAGGUAGUCAACAUCUUGACGUCUGCCUUAAUGACUACUUCGUCAUCAAAAAUCAACUUCAUCGCUGUCCUCAACAUGCUCAUUCCACUGUUACUCGAUCCCAAAAGGAGGGUUCGACUGGCCGCAUUCGAGCAGCUUUCCGUCGUUGGCUAUCUGAUGAACGGCAAAAUGGACACCCUUCUGCGAACUGUCAGAGAAGCCGAAACACGGCAUGGCGCCAAAGGACUCACUAGUGCCGUAAUGGCUCGCCUACACCGUCAGUCAUUGCCUCGAAUAAGAUACGACGGUCUGAUCGAGUAUUCGACGCCACCAGUAAAUGACUCGUCAUUCGGCGUCUCUGACUCGGAACUCGAUAGUGACGAAAAUCUCGACCUGAAUUGGAUCCUCCAUGGUGGAGAAACCAUGCCGAACAGGUAG